AUGGAAGGUGUCAGCUUCGCAGCAUCGCUGCAUGCAGCAACGCUCGACUCUCAGGGCGCCACGACGCUGCUGCUAAAACCAACAAAGAGAAAGUCGAGACCGUCUGCAAGCUCCUCUAACGGCUCCAUCUCCGCAAAGGCCAAGGAUUUCCUCAACAGGAGUAAGAGUUUCUUGUCCGCAUCCUCCUCUUCGUCUUCGGUCGGCACGCGGAAUUCUCUCUCUCUUCCAUCGCCAAGAAGCAGCGAGCAUGGACAUCGCAGAAGGCCGGACUCCGUGUUGCUCGACGGCCAAAGCGUCUUCGCUUCCUCAGCAUCUUCCAGGUUUGCGAGCGCUGAGUAUAGACGUAGUUCCCAAACACCACCAAGCUUUCACAAGCUUUCAAGUCCGAAUCAGCUCCAGUCACCACGUCCCCAGAAGAUGACUUUGCAGCCCAACACUGACCCCAAUCAAACAUGGAUUUCUACGCUUGUCGACAAUGACUACAUUUCGCAGGAGCACUUCAGUCCUCCCAGCUCUCCGUGCUCCCAUUGCGGAAAGUCUGACUCAGACCUGGAGCCAAGUCGUGCAUCAAGCAUGCUCGACCGUGAUCUUGUCUCGCUCUCGUCGUACGAAGGAAGCCCACAGCUACCGCAACCUGAUCUUCCGCCCUUGUUAAGCGCAUCGAUAGCUCAACAGCUUGCUUGUUCGUUCGAUGCAGACAUCUCGUAUACCCCAUGGUCAGCAGACUAUCAAAGUUUGCUCCGACCCAAUUUUAUACCCGGCUCAGUGUAA